UGGCACCACUAAACGGAGCAAGUCAGGUGAACGGGAGAAUGACGGGAGAAACUGUGAUCUUAGCCUACUCUGGGGGCCUGGAUACGAGCUGUAUCCUCAAGUGGUUGCUGGACCAAAAGUACGAGGUAAUCUGUGUUCUGGCUGAUGUGGGCCAAAAAGAGGACUUUGUGGCGGCCGAGAAAAAGGCUCUGAAAAUAGGAGCCAAGAAGGUGAUUGUAUCUGAUGUCAAGAGAUCUUUCGUGGAGGACUACAUUUGGCCGGCUGUCCAGAUGGGUCUUGUCUACGAGGAGCGAUACCUACUGGGCACCUCGCUGGCCCGGCCCUGCAUCAGUGUGGCACUAAUGGAGGCAGCCCGUCAAUGUGGCGCCAAGUACCUGGCUCACGGUGCCACUGGAAAAGGCAACGACCAGGUGCGCUUCGAGCUUUGCGCCUAUGCUCUCCAGCCGGACUUAAAGAUAAUAGCACCAUGGCGAAACGAGGAGUUCUGUCGCCGCUUUCAGGGGCGACAGGACCUCAUCGCUUACGCCCAAGAGCAUGGCAUCGAGGUGAGUGCCAAGCCGGCCACUCCCUGGAGCACCGAUGCCAACAUCCUUCACAUUAGCUACGAGUCCGGGAUUCUCGAGGAUCCCAACACUGUGGCCCCUAGCAGCCUCUACGAGCUGACCGUGGAUCCUCUCACCCAAGCACCGAGUCAACCCACUCGCCUCACCAUCGAGUUCCGUAAGGGACUGCCCACCAGCGUUAAGAAUUUAUCGAAUGGUCAGGUGUUUAUCCAGCCCCUGGAGAUUUUAAACUUCCUGAACGAACUGGGAGGCUCCUACGGCAUCGGGCGGAUUGACAUUGUGGAGAACCGCUAUGUGGGCCUCAAAUCCCGAGGAGUGUAUGAGACGCCGGGGGGAAAUAUUCUGUUUACCGCCCACCAAGACCUAGAGGUGUUCGCUUUGGACCGGGAGGUGCUUCGAACUAAGCAGAUCCUGCGGGACCGCAUGACUGACUAUGUGUACAAUGGAUUUUGGUUCAGUCCGGAAGCUAUUUAUGUUCGCAAGUGCAUCGAACUGGCGGAGGAGAAGGUGUCCGGGCAGGUGACCGUCGAAUUGGCUCCCGGCUACUGCCGCGCCAUCGCCAGGAAGGCGGCUGAGAAUGUUGGUGCACUGUAUAAUGAGGAACUGGUCUCGAUGGACGUCCAUGGUGAUUACGUGCCCCAGGAUGCUGGUGGCUUCAUCGCCAUCAAUGCGGUGCGCAUUCGGGAGCAUGUCCGCGCUUUUGGACCUUACAAAAUUCCGAAAAGGUCUCAAUAAAAAAGAAAAUUGUAAUAAAUAUUAUAAAU